CCGCCGCCGAAGAAGUGCUUUCCGCGUUCUGGUGACCGUAAGAAGCCCCGCCGCUAUUGCAUCUUGUCCUUGAAGACGUCGUAGGUGAGACCUUGCCGAUAGAGAAGAGUUGCAUCUCAAGAGGAUUAGAUUUACACCACCAGAUCCAUCCUGAAGAACGUCAAUAUGAAGAUUUUCUUGCCAUUUCUCAUGUUUUUAGUGUACGUAACAAUAGUGUCUGGUUUUGGUAACACUGAAGAUAGGUUCAUAAAGAAAUAUGCAAUGAUGAAGAUAUACGAAAGUUGCUUUGGGCCAGACGUAGUUCGCCAAAUCCGACAGGAAAUGAAAGUAGCCUGCGCAAAAUGCGCGUCCUACGAACUUCCUGUUACUACCCCGGCACCUCCGCCAUCAUCAACCACAGAAGAACCGCACCAGAACGACGCUAGCAACGGACUUCCUGCAAGCCCUAAUGCAGCUUUUGCGCCUGGAACGUCGCCUAUCGAUGUAGAAAAAUUGCACCAGGCUAUUAUGGCUUAUAGACCGAGUAUACCCCAAUCCCCAUUACGUCCAGCAGCUUUUGGUCAAGGACCCUUAAACAACUUUUACAGCCCUGUUGCUUAUGCAAACCCAGCCUUGCAAAAUGGAGGAUUGCCAUUUUUCUACCCUGGUUAUCAGCAAAUUCCAUUCUCUCCGUAUGGAGGAUAUCCCAUGGUUGGCCAACAAUACUACCCAGGAAAUAACAGAAUGUCUAGGGAUAUGGAUAUCAGAGGACAAAUAGAAGCAAUUACUUCAAGAAUGAGCGGCAAAGUUAAGAAUGUAACUUGUGUUAUGCAGGAGCUUGGAUAUUUGGACGAAAAUCUCGAACCCAACUUUAAUAAAAUCAGCGAAAGAAUUGGCAACCUCCCAGUUGAAGAUGAAUUGAAACGUGAUAUGCAAGAUGGAGUUUCGUUUUGCAGACAAUUCUCGCAAUGUGUUCCAGAAGUAAACAAAGAAAAAUCUCCCCUCUCCAGAGAAUUCAUCAGACCCAUGUUCUUCUUCAAGUGCUACAAACACAAAAAACUGGAAUCCUGUAUCAUGAAGGACGUCAGAGAAAAAUACGCUGGUGUCUCAGACGAUUUUGAAAAUGGCGAUGUCGACCUCAGGAGAACCGGCAGAAAAGGAAAGUCGGAAAACUUUGACGAAAAAGAAAACCACAUUGACGAAUUCGCCUCGUCCAUAUACGACUUCUUAUAUGCUAGUGACGCUGGGUUUGAUAUCGAUGGACUCUUCUAAAGUGAAAAACCUUAUUCUUGCCUCAAAUCGACUGCUUACACAAUUAACGUGUGUAAAAUACUAAUACUGUUAGGAUUUUAGGAUACAUACUAAUUAUUUAUUAUUUCUAUAAAAAGACGUGCUAUUUUUAUACUUAUUUUUUUGUAAAAAAGUUCUUGGAUUUUCGCAAUGGAAUAGUCCACAUAUUUUUUAUUCAAUCAAAGCUCGAAAGGACAUGUUUCAUUGUUAAAA